AUGGGGGACCACCAGCAAAACUCGUUCUAUAACCACCACACGUCGGAAGCCGAGGACCAGCCAGAGAGGGGGCAGGAUGAUGUCUCACUGGGCCUCCAGGGCACGGUAUAUGAGAAUGUAGGGUCCAAGGACUCCAAGUUCCAGGGUCUGGAUGAUGGGGACCUGAAACUGGAAGGCCAGGAAGAGGAGAUUCCCCCUGAGGAGGUGGCUGGGGAAGAAUCUGUGGAUGCCCAGAACCCAGAAGAGGCCCUCUCGGAGCUCGAGAGGGUUCUGGAGAAAGACAUGGAGGAGGGCGUGCCUGAGAUGAGGCAGCUCUCCAUCUCCCAGAGGAUCCCUCGCACCUCCGUGAGCCCAGAGAGGAAGAAGAGGAGGCGGCUGUUUGAGCUGGCGAAGCCCAAGACCAACUGGCAAGUCUUGAAAGACAGGAUGGGGUGCUGCUGCAGGGGCCAUGCCUGGGUGUCCCCACGCAUGCGGAGCCUGCAGUUCUGUAUCUAUUGGCCAUCCGUGUACUGGACAGAGAGAUUUCUCAAGGACACCACCCUCACCAUCACAGUGCCCGAGGUGUCCCGCCGGGUGGAGGAGCUGGCCCGACCCAAGAGGUUCUACUUGGAGUAUUACAACAACAACAGGACCACGUCUAUCUGGCCCAUUCCGCGGUCCACCUUGGAGUAUCGAGCGUCCAACCGCCUACGGGAACUGGCCACCCCAAAGGUCCGAAACAACAUCUGGAGCAUAAAUAUGUCCGAGGUGUCCCAAGUGUCCAGGGCAGCCAAGAUGGCCAUUCCCAGUUCGAGGAUCAUCCGACUGGCAAAGCCCAAGGCUCCAGCCACCCUACUGGAAGAGUGGGACCCCAUGCCAAAACCCAAGCCACAUGUGUCAGACUAUAACCGCCUACUUCAGUUGGCCAUGCCCAAGGCCCAGUCAGACAAGUGUGUUCCUGACCGCGACCCGCGCUGGGAGGUGCUGGAGGUCACCAAGAAGGCAGUGGCUAGUCCCCGCAUCCUGUCUCUGGCAAAACCCCGAGUGCGGAAGGAUCUGAAUGAGGGCUACGACAGGCGUCCCCUCGCCUGUACGAGCUCGCUACCCCCAAGACCAUCACCAAGAAAGCAUGAGCCUCAGGCCUGGCCCCUGAGCCCGUUCCCAGCUCUGCUCCUGGACUGGCAGCUGCUCGCUGACCCUGGAGGCUCAAGUGUCCAGGACUCAGUAAACCAGAAGGUGUUUGGGCAGAGGAGACUCUGUGACCUUCAUUCUCAGGGUUGA